GACGCAUUCAGCCCUAUGGUUUCGUUUUCUUAGAAAAGUGAGGAAAUGAAAAGUGAACGGAAAAGAUAGGCUACGUCGCUUUGAUCCAACUACAACCAUCCAAGAAGUCGCCUCAAUGGAUGAUACACGUUGCUUGCUAAGUGAUCAAGAUGAACCAGAGAGAGCACGGGGGCACUUGAAAGAAAAUUUGUCUGGAGCUUCAGCGCCUCCUGCCGAAGACGUCAACACGUUUCCUGAAAAUGAUGCAGGAGUUGGCAAAGACCUGCCACCGCCAUAUGCUGACAAUUCUCCACGGCCCAGCCAACCCCAGGCACCCCACUGGGAGAUUCCAUCCAUUAGUGAGGAGCUGGCCAGAGAGGCGCUGGUUGAGUAUGUGGCCUCCAGGUGCUGCUACAGCGGCAAGCCAGCCAAGGAGAUGGUCUUCUCCGACCUGCACUCCCUCAACACUUACAGGUAUCGCCUAGACACCUUUACAGAAUCCAGAUCUACUGAAUGGGCCAGUGAGCCAUACCACGGUCAGGUGCUGGACGGCUUCAAUGGUGUGGCAGCAGGACCGUGGGAUGUUUCUGUGCCCAUUCCAGCCAUGUUUCAGGACUGUCAGAGGGAUGUUCGUAUCCCCCAUUCAUCCUCUGUCAAGGGCUGCAAUCAAUGUUUGUCUUUGGGAAAAUCCCCCUGUAACAAAUGUGUUACAUCAGGACAGAUUCAGUGCAGUGUAUGCACUGGAUCAGGCAGGGACCACCACUCUGACACCAGGUGCCGCAGCUGCAGUGGAUCUGGACGAAUCCGGUGUAAUGCAUGCUCAGGUGCUGGUUCUCUGCAGUGUCCCAACUGUCAAGGCAAAGGCCAACUCCUGUGCUUCCUUAAGCUUACCAUCAAAUGGAGGAACCAUAGCAACGUGCAUGUAGUCGACAAGCGUUCUGGAUUUCCCCUGGACCUUCUGCAGGAGGCAGCGGGGGAGAUGCUCUUCACUGACAUGAACCAGCGGGUGUACCCAGUGGAAAGUUUCCCAGAUGGGGCCGUGAAUGCUGCAUCUAAACAAGCCGUGCAGGAACAUCACAUGCAGUUCUCCACCACCUGCCGCAUCCUCCAACAGAGGCAGACUAUUGAGUUGAUUCCUGUGACCAGAGUGCACUUCACUUGGAGGGACAAAACUCACAUCUACUUUGUGUACGGGGCCGAACACAAUGUCUACGCCAAGGACUACCCAGCCAAAUGCUGCUGUUCCAUCUCAUGAAAAACAGAAAGAAUCCUUAUAUAUGAUAAUGAACUUAACACAGCGAUGUAUAGGCUACUCAUUAGGCUCUGGUGCAUUAGUCAAAUGUUUAGACAUAGCUUACAGAAUAGUGAUGAAAAUGUUGUUUUUAGAUUAGUAGAUUCAACUUUUAUUGUCAUUGUGGAGAGUACAAGUACAAAGACAACAAAAUGCAGUUUGCAUUUAACCAGAAGUGCAAAAAUAAGCAGAAAAGUGCAAUGUGAUAUACAAAGUAUAAAAUGUGUUGUGAUUAAAACAAAUGUUUUUAUGCUUUGUUUAUAUCAAACCCGCUGUGUAAAUGAGUUGUAAAGAGGGUGUAUUUCAGCACUGAAACAUUUCAAGGAUGCAAUUAUGGGGCUAUUAGGUAAUACCCGUGCUCUCUAGUUUUCUUCUUAAGUGCAACUUAAUUUCUUUUAAUAAAUUUUCACUUAAUAAGUGUCUAAA